UGCGGCCUUUAUGUGCGAUAUCUGGGGUUGAUCUCAGGAUCAGACCGCUCGGGGGCCCCUGGGAAUGACAGCAGGGGCCACAGCUCAGUCCUGGCACAUCAGUUCCUUCAGCAAGGAGCAGAGCCCUAAAUCAGAGAAUAUGCCUAAGUCUUUAAAAUUGAAUAUGGACAAAGAUCAGAUGACGGAGAGGAUCUUGAAUCUCACCCUGGAAAUCAUCUACCUGCUGACUGGAGAGGAUUACAUCAGUGUGAAGAAAUGUGGUCACUGUGAUAUAAAUGGGAACAGUCCCUUUCUAUCAGAAGGAUCCUGUAGGACCCAGAGUCCCACCACAGCGCCUUCACCCCACCCAAAGAUACAUGAGAGAAUCAAUGGCAAGAAGGUCCUUGAACUGACCAAUCAGAUCAUCCGCCUGCUGACUGGAGAGGUUCCUAUAAGGUGUGAGGAUGUCACUGUCUAUUUCUCCAUGGAGGAGUGGGAGUAUCUAGAAGGACACAAGGAUCUGUACAAGGACAUGAUGAUUGACAAUCCCCAGACCCUCAGCUCACUGGAUGACGGAAAAAAGGAUGCCAGGAGACACACAGAAUUUGACUCUUCAACUUAUUCUCAAGAUUAUGGAAAUAUAAAGGAAAAUUUUGCGAUAAAUAAUUGUGAUGAUGACUGUGUAAAGAAGAAUAAACCAAGCAAGAUAAGAAGCAAAUGUAAAAAUGAUGUGGUAGAAGAACCAUCCACCUUGUGUAAAAUGAAACCAAGCAAGAUAGGGAGCAAAUGUAAAAAUGAUGUGGUAGAGGAACCAUUCACCUUGUGUAAAAAUGGAAGCAUGACAGAUGAUGGUAUAGAUAAAAACCUCGAAAAAAUGACAAUAGAUCAUACAUCUAUGCAUAUUGUAAAGGAAUGCACCAGUAGUGAAAAAAAGAAUCUCACAGAUACUAAUAUUUAUACAUCCACAGAAUGUACACAGUUAGAAUAUCCAUCUACUUGUAUUAAGGAGGAAUUGGGCUCAUGUGAGGAAGAGGCUUUGACAAACACUGACAUUUGUACCCCAACAGAACAUACACAGACAGAAUCUUUAUCUACUCACAUUAAGAUGGAAUCAGCCUUAUGUGAAAAUGGAAAUCCUUCAGACACUGACAAUCAUACACCCACAGAACAUACACAGACAGGAUAUCCAUCUACUCGUAUUAAAAUAGAACCAUCUUCAUGGGAAGAAGCAAAUAACAUGUACGAACAUGAUAUAAGUAACUUGCCUUUUAUGCAAUAUAGUCAGUACAAUACUAUUUUUAAUAAUGAAACUGCAUGCUCUCAAAGAACAAAUCACAUAGAUAGAAUGUAUACCUUGUCAGAGUACCAUAAAUGGCUUACUAGACCCUCCACCAGAGUUCGACAUCCGAGACACAGAUUAAUUUGUCCAGAAUGUGGAUUACAAUUGCCAUCCAAAUCAGAGCUUAUCAUACAUUUGAAGUAUCACACAGGAGAGAAGCAAUUUUUGUGUACAGAGUGUGGAAAGAUUUUUACUACAAAUUCAGAUCUCGUCAGGCAUUGGAGGAUUCACACUGGAGAGAAACCCUUUGCUUGUUCUAAUUGUGACAAGUCUUUCUCGCAGAGAUCCACCCUCAUGACACAUCAGAAGAUUCACACACGAGAGAAACCUUUUCUGUGUACUGAAUGUGGGAAAUGUUUUUCUGCGAAGGCUGAUCUAUUCAGACAUCACAGGAUUCAUACUGGGGAAAAACCAUUUUCCUGCCCUGAAUGUCAAAAAUGUUUUUCACAGAUUUCAUCUCUCAUUGCACAUCGUAAAAUGCAUGUUGGGGAGAAGCCACUUUCAUGUUUACAAUGUGGAAAAUGUUUUGUGAAGACAUCUGCCCUCUUAAGCCAUCAGAGGAGUCACUGCGGGAAAAGUCCAUACAUAUGUUCUGUCUGUGGGAAGGGCUUUACAACAAAUUCCGAUCUUCUUCGACACCAUAGAAUUCACACGGGAGAGAAACCAUUCUCUUGCAUGGAAUGUGGGAAAUGUUUUUCGCAGAGAUCUACGCUGAUUAAACACCAGAGGAUACACACAGGAGAUAGACCAUUUCUAAGCAGCCCAUCUCUCUUACAAUUGCAGCAACUUGAAGAAGGAGAGGGGCAGUUCUCAUGUUCUGAAUGUGGGAAAUGUUUCACACAGCAUUACAUGCUCAUAAGACAUAUGAGAGUCCAUACAGGAGAGGAGCCAAACUCUCCUCCAAUAUGUGGAACGCAGCUUGCUGACACUACAAGUCUACAAGCAAAAGCACAAACUAAUAUUGAAAAGAAGCCUUAUUACUCGGAAACCGUAUGAGGGUUUAUACACUAAACUGUGAAUUGUGUGAAAUUGAAAGGAGAAUUGCAAAUCCUGGGACAAAAUAGUUAAGUCGGAAAAAUCGCUGAGUUUAAAAAA